AUGGCGUCUUCUAUGUUAUCUAUUUGUUUGUUGGUAGCAGUACUGACUAUGGUGUCAUCUGCUCCAGCUGAUGAGAAACCUUUGGAGUGUCCCGAAGGUGAAUACUACAUCAAGUGUAGUCAGGCGGAGUGUUUCCAAAAGUGUGACCAUUUGGUAAAUUUACCGGCUUGUCCAUCUCUUCUUCCAAGCUGCUAUAGCCCUGCGUGCUUGUGUGAUAAUGGAAAUCUGAGGAACUCUGAAGGAAAAUGUGUGCCCAAAGAACAAUGUGGAAAACCUAUGUACAAGGCCAAAACUUCAAAAAUAAAUAAUAAUAAUUCUGUUUCUAUGGCAACUACCACUAAACCUGUCGCCACCAUAUCAGUACAAUUUCGAUGA